ACGUUCUCACACCGCUUUUCUUUCUUUUUUUUUGGUUUCCUGGCCAGUCUUCACAAUGGCUCAGGCAGUACAGAAACUCGUGGCAAAAAUACCGACUUUAGUCGGCGCCGCUGUCACGUACUCCAAACCACGACUAGCGACCUUCUGGCACUAUGCCCGGGUGGAGCUCGUCCCACCUUCUCCGGCUGAGAUCCCCAAAGCCAUAGAGGCUGCCUCCGGCCUCAUCAAGAGCUUCCAGUCAGGACGCCUGGGACAAACCACAGUAAAGGAUGCCUUAAGGAAUGGACUCGUGACCACAGAGGUGCUGAUGUGGUUCUACAUUGGAGAGUGUAUUGGCAAAGGAGGAAUUGUUGGAUAUGACGUCUAAAUAUUAGACUGUUCUCUCUCACUCUGCAAAUCUAAUCCUUACAUUCUCAACAACCUGCACCAAAUUUUCAAAUAAACAUGUCUAUAAUUUGAAAUAUA